CGCACUAUCAUCACUAAAAACCCACAUGAGAGCGAAAGGAAGAACUUUUUUUUGUCAUCUUGCAGUUAUCUUUACUUAAUGUGUAUCAAUCCCAUGCGAGCGGUUGACUGAACUAUGUACGAGGGGGGAAUAAGUUUAAUCUGAAUGAGCGUCUUUUUAUAAAAACUUAAAGCAAACACUUAAGUUAGACUGUUGUCGCAAAGUUAUAUCACUUUUACGAAGACGUGAUGACUGGUUGAAAACAGGUGAGAUUUUGUGCGCGCGUAUGGUUUUGAUUGUGCUGCUGGAAGUCUGCUAGUUUUUGUCUGCUAGUUUAUUGCGGAACUUUUUUUUUGUAAUUUCAAAUCAAGACGCGGGUGGCAGAAGCAACUACCUGCGGCUCUUCACUAGGUUUGAGAUUUACAACUCUGAAAACGUGUUUUAAAGAUCCUAGUCAGAACUGAUAGAUCAGCCUAUAACUAUGUAUAGCAUGAUGGAACAUGAACUGAAACCUUCGGCCCCACCACCCUCGCACCAACCCGGCCAAGGGAUGUCUCCAGUAAACGGCGGGGUGGGUGGCAAUCACCCAACAGCCAAAUCGGUUUGCCCUCCCGGUAGCGACCCUAUGGACAAAGUGAAGCGGCCUAUGAAUGCCUUCAUGGUAUGGUCACGGGGUCAGAGGCGGAAGAUGGCCCAGGAGAACCCCAAAAUGCACAAUUCAGAGAUUAGCAAGCGUCUGGGCGCAGAAUGGAAGCUGCUGACGGAUGCGGAGAAGAGGCCUUUCAUAGACGAGGCGAAGCGGCUCCGAGCGGUGCACAUGAAGGAGUACCCAGACUACAAGUACAAACCCCGGCGCAAGAGCAAGCCGCUCUUGAAGAAGGACAACCCUGUCAACAAGUACCCGCUAUCCGCCGGCAACCUGUUGGCUGCCGCCGCCGCACAAGGACCUGGUGGGAGCCCCAGAAUGGAGAGCUAUGGCUGGGGACCCACUGGGGGGUAUGCGACCAUGCAGAGUGAACCACUCGGAUACCCCCAGCAACUCCAUCGCUACGACUUGUCGGCCUUACAGUACCCCCCGUCAAUGGCCCCCGCACAGACAUACAUGAACAGCGCCAACUCAUACAGCCCCAUGUCCUACAGCAGCGGCGCCCAGCAGCCCAGCCCGGUCAUGUCCAUGGUGAAGCCGGAGGCCGUGUCGGUGUCACACUCCCCCACCGGAGCACCCAAUCACCACCGCGGGGCCCUGCAAGGGGACCUCCGCGACAUGAUCAGCAUGUAUAUUCCGGGGAGCGACGCGGGGGACUCUGCCGCGCAGAGGGGGUACUCCAGCGUACAGCAGCACUACCUCGGAGGCACGGUGCCGCUCACCCACAUCUGACACGCCUCGGCACUGGGGACUGACCCGGCUAUGCGCACACUGCGCCACAGUGUUGGCUGCACCUUGAGUUCCCGCUGCCUGUGUUUUGGGGGCCCCUUUUGUCCAUUUCAUUUUUUUAUUGCAUAUGUAGAUUUAAAGGGGCAGCCGUUUCCUGUCUUUGAGUGUGUAUUUUUGCUGUUCUAUUAGUAGACUACUGAUAUUUUCCUCUUACUUAAUUUUAUGGAUUUUUAUCGCGCCCCCCCCCCCUCCACACACACACUUUGAAGGUGUAUAUAGCUUUCUGUGUCGAUAUAUAUUUUUUAUUAAUUUCCGUACUAAAAUUGUGACUAAAAUGAUUGCCUUGGUGAGGAUGCCGCAUUGUUUGGUGCACAGAGACGCCACUGGUCUUCCGACAGUGAGCUGCUGUCCUUACCGGAACCCCACCCUGAGGCAGGAGAAGCCCCCGUCACCUGUGCAGGAUGACUUCUCAUGGAGUGGCGAAGGCCAGCCAAUCGGGAUCCUUCCAUGCACUGACAUAGCGAUCAUGUGAUUUGGCUGGAUCUGAUUAAGAGCGGCGAGACUAGGAGAGACUGCAUGGGCCACUGGAAAGUCUGAACUGAGAUUGUACAGAAUAUUAUUUGUGUCUUGACUGUAGUGAGAACAAAGAGAACGGUUAAAUUUUAAUUGGGCCUUUUGGCCUGUGCUGUUUUACCAAUUGGGGGGAAAAAAACACCAAUUCCGAAGGAUUCCAUUAGGAAUUUUUUUUACUGGACAACCUUUAUUGUAGAUUUCACUGGAUCCAGCUGAGAUAUAGAUAAAGGUAUUAGACUACAAUAUUGUUUGCUGUUACCACAGGAAGAGACAAUAAAAUGUAUUUUAAUAUACAGUGAACUUUUGCAUCAUGCUGUCUUGCUGCUGCAGUCUGAGUUUUAUUUUAAGUUUUGCAUAUUGGCAUUUUCUUAAGGCACAAACAGCCAGUUAAUGUCGGUUGCUUUGGUAAAGUCCACUAAUAGCUUUUGACUGGAAAAUGCACUAUUUUCUAAAGUUGCAGGCUCUACCAAGACGACAUUUAGUUAGAUGGAGAUACUGUGUCACAACUCUUAUUUUUUAUUUUUAUUUUUUUAAAAACCCUUUCCUUAACUAGUUCAGAGGUGCUGCUAAUGAUUUUGAAGUAGUUGAGGAGUAUAAGAAAUUUAGUGGAGAUUGGAAUGGUACCUGUAUUCCUUCAUGGAUUGAGUGGAUUUUUAAGACUUAAUGGCCUGCUAAUCUGCUAAUUGAUUAACUCGAUGUCCUAAAUUCCAGGGGCGCUGCACUCCAUUCCAACAUAAACACUUGCUUGCCUUUUCCUUUCUGCUACUUAUUUAAACAAAACAUCAAAAGGGGGUCUAAGUACUAUAAUUUAUAUUAAAAUAAUGAAACAGGUGAAUGUUUACAUUGCAAUCCAAGUGUGCAACUGCAUAUAUUUUUUGUAUUGUAAACUUUAAAAAAAAAAAAACAUGUUUCCCGAUUUAGUUUGUUAAUAAUCCUGAGCUUGUAAAUAGUUUGUGAGACUGAUGUCUUGCAGUUCUGAAGUGUAUAGCUUGUUUUUCCCUUUUCUCUCUUAUGCCCUUAUACUAAGGGCGAUUUUGUUUUAAAGAAACCAUUUAAAGACUGUGACAAUUUGAUGACAAAAAAGUAAUAAUAAAAAUGUAAAAUAUUUCUAA